AGUGAACCCCGGCGUAGACAAUGAGGGGUGGGACAAAACUGUAUAUUUUAAAAUCUGUAAUCUAACCCCUAAAUCAGGAACAUUGCUCAAAGUUUGCUUUACACUUAUCGAGAUGGAGUCGUCAGGAGUCGAUCUGGGAAUGUUUAUUUCCAAGCGGAAGAAGACUGUUUCUUCUCAGAGAAAAAGUUUCUUGUUUUCGGUUUAUCAGCUCGAGAUUUGACUGGAGAUAUAUGCCACAGCUCGAUAUGUUCUGCGUUGCGGCGAUUUAUGCAAAAUUUUGCUUGAGGAAAAAGGACUGAGGACUGUGAGUGAAUGAAAACUGAACUCUGAAGGGUUUAAUUUUAGAUUUUACUCCGAGAAUGUCAGGAUGUGACAAAAGUUAAGGAUCCAGCACAUCUGGAUAUGACUUGCGCCGCUGAUUUCACCAUAUGAGACAAUAGUUUUAUGUUUUAAAGAAAUGAGAGACGAGUUUUUACAAACAGAUGAAGUUUGAUAAGCUUGAUUCGUGAGUGAGCGCAAGACGAAAAUCAGGAAUGUGGUCUUCUCAGGUGAGUUGUCAGGUAACUGAAGGACAUAUACAGACAUGAAGGCUUGUGAGAUGCUCGCAGUGUUGUUUGUUUUGGUGUAUUCAGGGAGCUACGCAACUCUCACAGAUAAAUCCAAGGAGGACAAUUUACAGUGCGCAUGUGAGAGCCAGAACUGUGAAAACGACUCCUGCUGGGGCCGUAUUUGUAUAUACAGUUCGGUUGAUGAGCGUGUAGUCAGGGGCUGUUUAUCCUCCAUCGAGCAGUGCUACGUGCCUAAUAUACCUACAGUGUAUACCAAGUGCUGCUACACACACUUCUGCAAUGCAAACCUCAGUAUGUCUGAAACAACAGGUCAAACAGCAGGAAAGCCCAUGAUUGUGUUGGUGGCAGUGCCGUGUUUGGUGCUGUUGGUGAUGUUCAUGGCAGCCUGUGGGUUUGUGUUGUGGCUUCGUGCAAGGCGACAGCACCACCCGCUGGACGAACCAGACGCCUCUAUGCUCAAAGUCCCCAGUGGAGGGGACCCCACAUACGGGGAUAUCUUUGAUGAGUUUUGUACAUCGGGCAGUGGGACCGGCCUGCCUUAUCUGGUGCAAAGAACCAUGGCCCGACAGAUCUCUCUGGUUCAGUGUGUUGGUAAAGGACGUUAUGGCGAGGUAUGGAGAGGCACCUGGAUGGGAGAGAGUGUGGCUGUCAAAAUUUUCUCCUCUCGUGAUGAACAGUCCUGGUUUAGAGAGACUGAAAUCUACAACACGGUCCAACUAAGGCAUGAAAACAUCUUGGGCUUCAUAGCAUCAGACAUGACGUCUAAAAACUCCAGCACUCAGCUGUGGCUGGUCACACACUUCCAUGAGUUGGGCUCCCUCUAUGACUUCCUGCAGCACAACAUACUAGACCCAGAGGGCUGUCUGCGCAUGUGCCUGUCCAUCGCCAGCGGCCUUGUGCACCUCCACACAGAGAUCCUCAGUACACAGGGCAAACCGGCCAUCGCACAUCGAGACCUGAAGAGCCGCAACAUUCUGGUGAAGAGAAAUGGGCAGUGCUGCAUUGCAGACCUGGGCUUGGCUGUCAUUCACUCUCAGUCUAAUGACUAUCUGGAUGUGGGCAACAACCCGAGAGUGGGCACCAAGCGUUAUAUGGCACCGGAAGUUUUGGACGAGAGUAUUCGUGUUGAUGUGUUCGAGUCCUACAAACAAACCGACAUCUGGGCCUUGGGUCUCGUCAUGUGGGAGAUAACUCGUCGAACUGUUGUUAAUGGGAUCGUGGAGGAGUACAGACCGCCGUUCUUUGACGUGGUGCCCUCUGACCCCAGUUUCGAGGAGAUGAAGAAAGUGGUGUGUGUUGACCAGCACAGGCCCAGUCUCCACAAUCGACUACACUCUCAUCCGAUCCUGUCUGCAAUUGUGAAGAUUAAGAAAGAGUGCUGGUUCCAAAGCCCUUCAGCUCGACUCACUGCUCUGCGUGUGCGAAAGACCCUCUCCAAACUGGACCAGGAGCAUGACUACGACAUUGACAAGCUUAAACUGGACCUCUAGAAUAAACCUCCUACCACACAUUUCCAAGAAAGUUCAAUUCUAAUGGACCCAUAUCCGUCCACCUGAGUACUUCUAAACUCUUUUAAUGCGCCUUUCAAGCUUCUCGUCUAAAUGCUUCACUGAACAUGGUUUAUUUUAUCAUGACAUUCACUGUGUUAAGUUAAGGCCAUAACUGUGCUGUUAAAUGAUUCUCCUUAAACAUAUCCACUCGACUACUCUUCUAAGACCUGCAUAUUUCAAUACAGUGACUCAUUUGUUACUGAAAGUAAUACAGGAUUGAUAAACCCACAGAAUUCUUUUUAGCAUAGUAAGUGUGAGAGGGAUUUUUUUAAUAGUCAGGAUGUGGGUUAUUCCGGACUUCCUAACUGCGGUGUUUCCUGAAAUUAUGAACUUCCCAAACAUGACUCUUGCGUACAGAGGUUGGCACAUGCUUUUUGUUGCACUUAUUUUUUGUAGCUGUUUUUGGUUCCAUGAAAGACUUUGAAAUGGGCCGUCUUUCUAAGAACAAGAACUGCAUUACAACUUGCACCAAGUAAUUAUUCAAACAGAGUACAUAUUAGUAUAGUGCACUUUUAGAAAUUGUUAUUUUUUACAAGAUCAAAAUCACAUUACUCUAGCUAUACUAUAUCUUUUUUUACAGUGUAAGGGAAAUGUACAAUAUAUUUGCUUUUUGAGAAAUUAUAAUCAAAAAUGUGUAUACAAAUGUCUGUUAUUUUCACUCCAAAUAAUAGUAUUUAAGUAUUAAUAAAACUUCAGGAUACUAAA